AGCAUGUCGUUGAUAGGCUUGCAGCCCUGGUAUUCCUGCUGUUAUCGAUAGGCACAGUAUAUUUUGGCGCUUCUGUGACGGUUACACUGUUGAUAUUUCACCAGUUUCAGAAGCCCCGUCGGGUGUGCAUUGUUUCCACUGAAGUACAAUCAGUUGAAACCCCUUCAAGUAUGGAGCGUCGAUUUAGUUUGAGCAACUUCUCGCCCUCGCCGCGUCUCUCGAAUCCCAUGGCGGAUUCCACGCGGCUCGACGCGUCUUCCAUAUCUAGUGGGGUCCCUGCCGCCAGUGGCCUGCCCCUGGGACUGAGUCCUAGACGGCAGAGCAACCUUCUCAACGGCACCCGCACACCAGACAGAUCGUUCGCCAACCAGACCAGUGCCAGCAUCUCGCGACAAAAACUGAACCUUAGUCAGUUGGAUCCCAAAACCUUUGCCGAUGUCCAUAGCAGUGGCCUGGCUUCCCGAAUAGUUUCUUAUCAUGACAAUAGCCUCGGCGGACGAGGAGGCCUGCAGCGCAGCAUGUCCGCCAGCAACCUGUACAACCCUAUGCUUAAACCACGAAGGAUGCCAGGAGCCCCAUUGCCGUACAAGGCGACCGUUCCGGCCCUUUCGAUGACUAAAAUUGCCCCGCCCGAGAGGAGCUUCUAUUCCGGAAAUACCCUGCCUAGUCUAUUGCGCUCCAACUCACUGGUAGGUGUCGUUCACAAGGCCAGCGAGCAGGAGCAGCUAUCCCGGGAGAACCGCCCCAUCUUGCAUCCCCCGCACCCGCAACACGACAGCGAACCCACCCGAAGCGUGCUGGACGAGCUGAAAGAAAUAUCGCGAAAACGAAUCAACAGUGGCGAACCGCAGUCGCCGCACGACUUUACGAAGCGGAGUUGCCAGCGGGUAGAUUUUGUGGAUCAUCACAAUUUCCAUCAUCACCAGCAGCAGCAUCAGCAGACCCUCAAAAGGCAACGGGAGCUUACUGUGACCGUCCCGCUACGACACCACUCGGUGGCCUUGGCCGCUCCGCCGCCGACAUUGCCGCACAUCCACUCCAAUGGGUCCAAUGUCUCGCCCCAACAGUCACCCGAGCAGCUGGCCAAGAGACGGAAUUGCAGUUUCAACAAUGGCAUCGCCUCCUCGUUGAGCUCAAGCCGGCGGCAUACCAACAAAAGAAAGCUGUUCGAUCUUCGGGAAAGCAGCCACAACCAUACCAACGAUUCUGUACGCAGCGGGUACUCUCCCGACAACUCCCUCGUCGAGAAUGCGGCCAAGGUGCAGCGCAAGGUGGAUGGUGCAUCCGUGAGCAAAACGCGAAGUAUGCCGGUUUCGUCUGCGAUUGCUGUGGCGCUUCCACGAACCCAGUCUGUUCCUCCAGUCGUCCAACCUGCCGUCGAGGCUCAGCCGAGGACCACGAAACCGAAGCUCACGCUGUUUAAUGCCACGCAGAGUGAUAAAGAACAAAAGCCGCAAAAGCUGAAGGACCUCGAAAGCCCGGACGUGGAUGCUGGGGAGUAUGCGGGCAUUCAGUUUGUGAAGCCGAAGCAGCAAAGUUCAGCGCUGGGUGUCAGGAAUCCCAAUGCCGAUCGCACAACAAAGACCAAGCUGGCGAUAAUGUUGAGUGGCCUGAAGGGUGAACUCUAUCAAGGGGAGCCGGACGAACUGGACGCAACAUUGCCGAAACCAGCAGCACUGCCAACGCCGAUCAAACCCACAGUUGUGGCCCCAACUGUGCCAGCAACGACGACCGAAGCCAAGACGACUGUGUCGCCCAUUAAGCCACUUAUAUUAAGUAAUGAACUAAUUAAGCCAGCUAAUGAUACAAGUGCAGCUCCUGCAGUUCCAUCUUCCUCUACCACGAGCACAGUGACAUCGACACCCAAGCCCGAGAAGACUCCUGCAGUGGCGGAAAUCAAGCCAAUCUCCAGCCUGACCGCGCCAAGCUCGACUGCAGCUCCAAGUACGACUGUGACUCCAAGCUUGACUGUAGCUCCAAGUUUGACUUCAGCUCCCAGCUCCACCGCAGCUCCCACUCUCACGACUACUUUUGCCAGUCCGAAGCUAACAGAUGGAACCCCCAAACCUGCACUUUUUUCAUUUGGUGCUACGAGCAGCACUGCUAGCACCACUCCCGUUUCUACUUCAACUCCCGCCUUCACUUUCGGCCAAAAGCCAGCCGGCGGACCUACAGUAGGCGCUGCCACAGCAUUUAAACUCGAGACUCCGAUGAGUAAAACACUCACAACACCGACGACAAGCAACACAGUUACUCCUUCUACAACUAGCCUGUCCUUUGGAGGACCACCGAAACCAGUAACAUCCUCUGCACCAUCCCUGAAAUUCGGCAUGCCUGAACAACCAGCGGCUAGCAGCGCCGCCGGUGCGACUCUGCCGGUCUUUGGGGCUCCUGCACCGGCUUCGUCAGAGCCCUCCUCCGCCAAGGCGCCCUCCGCCACGGUGGCUCCCUUACCCAGCGCAACCUCUGGCCUAGCGGAAGCACCAAAACCCUUUGCGUUUGGCCAGCCUAGCAGCGCCAACAGCGGAGGAAUCAGUGGAGGACCAGCUGCCAAGCCGGCUGUCUUCAACUUUGGUGGAAGUACCGCUCAAGUCUCGGCACCAGCAGCUCCACAGCCAACCGAUCUGUUUGGAGGCCAGAACAAACCACAAAGCAAUACAUUUGGUGGAGUUUUCGCCGCGCCGACGGCCGCCAAGCCAGAGCCGGCGAAGCCCGGAAUUUUUGGCAGUCAGGACAACAGCUUUGGAAGUGCAUUCAAACCAUCAGAGCCCAUCAAGCCUUUCCCAUUCAAUGAGACCACACCCGCGGCUGGUGGCCCCAAACCGUCUUCGAAUCUCUUUACCUUUGGAGGAGCCACAACACCAGCAAAGCCAGAUGCACCAGCUCCCAACCCCUCAACCAAUGUGUUUGGCCAACCCAAGUCCCCAGCACCAACACCAUUUGCUUUCUCGAUGGGAUCAAGCGGUAAUGCCGAGAAACCAGUAUUCGCUUUUGGAGGAGUAGGAGGUGGAGGCGGGGGCGGAGAUAGUAGCAAACCCAGUUCUGUUUUCAACUUCGGUGGUGGUGACAAGAGCAACGCGGCUGCAACUCCAUCGGCAGUAUCUUCAGCUGCCACUUCGACCAGCAACGGCUUUGGGUUCAGCCAAGUACAGAAGCCCGCGACACCAAUGUUUGGAUCGACAUCGACACAGGACAACACCAACUCUCUGGGCGGCUCCAAACCUUUUACAUUUGGAGGAGAUGCCCAGCAGGCGGCUGGCCCGGCAGCAGGUGGCUUUUCGUUCGCCUCGGUGGCCAAAAAGGCCGAGGAACCGAAGCAAACAAACAUAUUCGGCAGCUCCGCCAGUGCUAGCAACUCGACCUUUGCCUUUGGAGGAAACAACAGCAACAACCAGGCUGGAGGACCACCGGCUGCGGCGUCUGGAGGCUUCUCCUUUGCGGCAGUGGCCGCUAAGAAGGAUAAGCCGGCAGGUACCAACUUGUUUGGAAAUCCAGCUGCUGCUACUGCUGGGAUGGCAAAGCCAGCUUUCAACUUUGGAGGAGGCAGUGCAUCCACACCUCAAGCGGCACCCAGCUUCGGAGGAUUUGGAGCUGCCGCCUCACAGGCACCCUCUGCUGCUGCUGCCCCACCAACUGCUCCGGGUCACAACAAACCCUUUGCGUUCGGACAAAGCGCUGCGGGACCGGCUCCCGGCGGCAACCUGUUUGCCAGUGCGGUAGCCGCCGCCCAAAACCAGCCGGCAAAGCCGCCCAGUUUCUCGUUUGGUGGAGCAGCCAAUCCACCAGCCAGCAAUGCCACCGGCAACGCUCCAUUCUCUUUCGGCGGAGCGACAGCUGGCGGCAUCGCUUCCCAGCCCAGCAAUCAGAGCAUGAACACACCGAAGCAGUUUAGUUUCGGCGGCGCCAGCAGCAAUCCGGUACAGAGUGCCUUCGGCAGUCCAGCUCCGUCGCCCAUUCCCUCGGCCCAGAAUGCGGCUGGAGGAGCGUACAACUUUGGCGGCGGUCCCGCCACACCCACUCAGCCGGGCAAUGCUGGCGGCAUGGGAGUCGGCCAGCCACCCGGCACUCCAGAGAAUCGUCUGAUACGCAAAGCUACUCGACGCCUGCAGAAAUAAGACUACGGACUAGGCCCUUGCCCCACCCAAUGUUUAGACCAUUAUUGUUUCUAUAGUUAAAUCCCUGUUCCAAGUCUGUGAAGUUGAAUAAAAUGUGUAAAGUACUAAGGUAUGAAAAUAAAAACUAUUAUAAUGUAAUGCUGUAUUCUGUACUUUUAUUAAAAGCUUUAGAAUCCUCUGCCAUCCGUCGUUCAAUCCUCACCUCGAUCUUCCAGUAUCUUCCAGUGUGGGUGUGUCUGUGGUGCAAGGUUGUGUGUGUAUUUUUUUUCUCCUCCAGUUUACAAUAUUAAUGUGUUUUGUUUUUUUAAAAAAAUAACUUUAAAAUUAAUGUGUCAUGUGUGUGGGUGGUGUGGUGUGGUGUGGUGAGGGGUGUGUGUUUUUUUUAAUAAAGUAAACUAUAAUUAAGUUUUAAAGCAAAGUAGUUGCCGCUCAAUCGGGAAAUUAAAAAUUAAAAAGCAUAAAUGUACAAGUUUCUUAGGGGGAUCAUUAAAAUAAAAUAAGAUUUAGGUGUAAGGCUAUGGGAUACAAUUAAGAAAUAAAUUACAAUUUUUCGUUUGCCCUUCAUCCAGUAGCUGGCUUGGAUUAGAGUACAGUGGGGGAGAUUCCUUGUGAUAGAGGGCCGGACAUUAAAUCGAAUAUUGAACAAAACCACGAACUGCGCGUAAUAAUUUAUAUCUUUAUGUUAUUAUUAAUCGAUUCAUAUGCUAAAUACGUAGUUUACGUG